ACACCCCCCCACGCUGUCAUUUUGUUUAAACCCCUGAUCAAAAUCACAGUCCUCAACCAUGCCAACAAGGCCUUAAACCUUUUCACAGUUCUCGGUUCUCAAAACGUUCACUUUACACAUAGUAUCUCCGAUCUUGAUUUGCCGACAGCCUGCCGGCGGCAACUUUCCCGGCUACAAAAAUUCACCACUAUUACGGAAGGACCCUUUAAGUUUCUUCUUUUAUUGUUUUACUGGAAACUCCGAUUCUUCGAUCUUUGAUUCUCCGACUACUACUCAAAUACUACUAGAAAAAACUCUAAUUUUUUAAUAUAUUUUCAUUGGAAAAUAUGAGGGAAUCGAAGGAUCCAGAGAUUAAGCUGUUUGGCAAGAAGAUUGCUUUGCCGGAGAACGAAAAGGUGCUGCCUUUGAUCGUCCCCGGCGAAGAUUCCGGCGACGGGAAUUCAGGAAAUGCUAGCUGUGGUGUUAAAGAUAGCGAGACGAAUACUGGGUUUGACUGUGAUGGAUGUUUAGAGGAUGAGAAAGCAAGCAGUGAGGAGAAAGAUAAAGAAAUUGAUGAAGAAAAUCAAGAAGCUGAAAAGAAUCAUUCAUCAGGAGAGCUCAGCGAAACCAAGUCGGAGGAGAAAGAUCAAAAUCAGAUGAUGGAAGAAUCAGAAGAUCCUAAGCUUUCGUCAGAAUCAGACAACAAUCCAAAAACUCCUAAUAUUGAUGAAGAUUCACCUGCAUUAAAAACCUCCAAGACUGAAAAUGAUCCGAACAAUGCAUCAAACUCUCAGCAGAAACCUCUUAAGAAGCCAGACAAAAUUCUCCCAUGCCCCCGUUGUAAUAGUAUGGAUACCAAAUUCUGCUACUAUAACAAUUACAAUGUCAACCAGCCUCGACAUUUCUGCAAGAGCUGCCAGAGAUAUUGGACUGCUGGCGGUACCAUGAGGAAUGUGCCUGUGGGAGCUGGUCGUCGCAAGAACAAGAAUUCUGCACCGCACUGUCGUCACAUCACAAUCCCUGAAGCCCUCCAAGCGGCAAGAAUUGAUCCUCCAAAUGGAUUUCAGCAUCCAACGUUCAAACCCAAUGGUACUGUACUAUCCUUUGGGCCUGACUCACCUCUCUGUGAAUCUAUGGCUUCUGUUCUAAACCUUGCAGAGAAAAAGGUACCAAAUGGGACUCGUAACGGUUUCCACGGACCUGAAAACAAGAACUCCAUUCGCAAAGGUGGAGAAAAUGGGGAUGACUGUUGUAGUGGAUCUUCAGUCACUACAUCAACUUCAAUGGUCGAUGGAGGCACUCAUAGGCGCAAUGAGGUAGUCGUUCCAAAUGUAAAUGGCUUCGCACCUCCCGUUCCAUGCAUACCCAGCGUUCCUUGGCCUUACCAAUGGAAUGCUGCAGUUCCUCUUCCAGCGAUUUGCCCGCCCGGAUAUCCAUUGCCAUUCUGUCCUCCACCCUACUGGAAUUGCAAUAUGCUUGGUCCAUGGAGUAUUCCCUGGUUGACUCCACCCUCACCAACCGAGAACCCAAAAGGGUCAGGAUCUACUCCUAAUUCACCUUUAGGGAAGCAUUCAAGGGAAGGGGACUUGCUUAAGUCAAACAGUCCCGACGAAAAAGAACCAUCGGAGCAAAAGAAUUCAGAAACGUCUGUUUUGGUCCCAAAAACUUUGCGUAUCGAUGAUCCUGAUGAAGCUGCAAAGAGUUCUAUAUGGUCAACUCUAGGAAUUAAAUACGACUCCGUUAGCAGGGGAGGUCUUUUUAAGGCCUUGCAACCGAAAAGUGAUAAAAAAGAUCAUUCUGCCACUACAUCUCCGAUGUUGCAGGCUAACCCUGCAGCCUUAUCUAGGUCCCUCAGCUUCCAGGAGAGAGCCUAAAGUGAGUUAGAAGCUAUGCAGCCCUGUGAAAUACCUGCCGAAAGAUACCUGCCAGUUUUCCUGCCUAAUGGAUGCUUAAUCACGAUACGCAUAUCACUAAGAGAGGCUAAUAUUUUUCAAGUCCUCCAACAGAAGCAGGGUAGCAAGUAUCCUUUCUUUUGUAACACUAGGAGCGAGCAGCUGCCUUGGUUUUACUUGGUUUGUGUUCUUCAAUGUAUAUAACUUUAUGCAGCUUAGAAAAAGGAAAGAGAGAGAUUUGGAUGAACCAGAUGUUAAAUGUGUAAUUGCCAAAGGUAGCUUGGAAAGCAGCUCCAUCUUUCCAUUUCCUUGGUGAUCUAAAUAAUACAAGCCUUUUCAGAUUAUGUGUUUAACUUUUGUUAGUUAUACGAGUGUGCCUCUUCUUGA